AGACACGGCCGGGUCUUGCGUCAAACCUCCCCACCUCUAUACGCCGGUCCGAUGAGGUCUUCCUCUCAUAUUUCACGCGUAAAGCAUCAAUCGGCAGUGUUUGAUUUCAUUCCCGUACCUAACUAGCCCCCCUCUAUCGGUCUUCAGGGCAAGAGAUGCUUUAUUUACCAAUUAGAUCAGAGAAAUGGUAGUUGAGUGCAUUAGUUCACUGAGGAUGGCUGCUGCUUUGUUUUGUUUACUGCUGUUUGUGCGAUUACCAAUAAUCUUUGCCUCUGGGUUUGAAGUCCAGUCAACCAUCUGUGGUGCCGAUCACAUUGCCUACUCAAAUUCUUAUGGUUUUGAAUUGUUUUAUUUAAAUGGAAAUCUAGUAGAUAAAGAUGUGUUCUGCAAGGCUCUCCAGUUCCAUCAUGCAAAUAAUUGUCUGUUGAAAGGCAAUCUUGAAGGUGAUUCCUGUAGAUUGGGCCUUUCAUCAGCUGAAUUUGCCUUCAGCCCUGCAAGAAGACUAUUAUUAAAGGUGGAAAGCCGAGACAACUCUGUAAAUGGUUCUGCUCAGGCAAGUAAUACAAGUGAGAAGAACAAUGGUAAACAUUUUAUGUCAACUCCAAAAAUUGUUGGAAUGGCAGCAAUUGGCCUUAUCAUGUCUUGUGUUAUUAUCUGCCCUUGCCUUUAUAAGAGAAGGAGAGCGACUGCACACACUGUUCUAGCCAAGGAACCAAAUUCAAUUGAUUCAACUUCCUCUUGGGAAAUGAGUUCUGUUUCUGAAAAGGUUCAGGCUCAGGCUCAGGCUCAGGCUCAGGCUCAGGCUAGUCCACUCAGGAUACCACCAAGUCCUUCUAGGUUCUCAAUUUCUCCACAACUUAGUAGACUUGGAUCAGUGCAUCUGAACAUGAGUCAGGUAGUCAAAGCUACUCGUAAUUUCUCAUCAUCACUACUGAUAGGUGAAGGAGGGUUUGGAACUGUCUACAAGGCUCAGCUAGAAUCUGGCCAGCUGGUUGCCAUAAAACGAGCAAAGAAGGAACAUUUUGAAAAUCUACAAACUGAAUUUAGCAGUGAAGUUGAACUUUUAGCCAAGAUUGAUCAUCGUAAUCUUGUGAAGCUACUUGGUUAUAUUGAUCAAGGGGAUGAACGGCUUAUUAUAACAGAGUAUGUACCCAAUGGUACUCUGAGAGAGCAUUUGGAUGGUCAGCGUGGAAGAAUCCUAGAUUUCAAUCAGCGGCUUGAAAUAGCCAUUGAUGUUGCUCAUGGCUUGACUUAUCUCCAUAUAUAUGCAGAGAAGCAAAUCAUCCAUCGAGAUGUGAAGUCAUCGAACAUUCUUUUGACAGACAGCAUGAGAGCUAAAGUGGCCGAUUUUGGCUUUGCAAGGCUGGGUCCAGUGGAUGCAGAACGAACACAUAUUUCGACCAAAGUGAAAGGGACAGUUGGUUACCUUGACCCUGAGUACAUGAAGACCUAUCAACUCACUCCCAAAAGUGAUGUAUACUCAUUUGGCAUUUUACUAAUAGAAAUUCUGACAGGCCGCCGUCCUGUGGAGUUAAAGAGAAAUCCUGAGGAGCGGGUUACAAUUAGAUGGGUCUUUGAUAAAUGUGAUGAAGGCAGGCUGAUGGAGGUGGUGGAUCCUUUGAUGGAAGAAGUUGUAAAUGUUGAAAUACUUAGGAAACUAUUUGACUUGGCAUUUCAGUGUGCUGGACCCGUGCGAAAUGAUCGACCAGACAUGAAGUUGGUGGCAGAGGAAUUAUGGGCAAUAAGGGCUGAUUAUCUCAAGUCUAAGGAGAGGGGAGCAUAAAACAAACCGCAGCCAAGAGAAGUCUCAUCUCCACUUUACCCAAUUUCUUUCCUUUUCACUUUUUCAUGUUUUGUGGGUAGAUUUUUUUUUCUUUUUCUUUUUUGGGUGCAAAUAUAAACUUCCUUUAUUAGUGAUUUGACGGACCUAGUAAAAUGCUCUUGCAAAUAUCCUUAAUUUUCCCCGACAUGUUUAAUGGCAUCAGGCUGAGUUGAUUAUCUGAAGUUUAAAAUAUACUAUUUCGUGAUAU